UUGGCGAGCUGUUUCCUGUCGGUGCUGGCCGGCAUCUACGUCCACAAGGGCCGGUGCGCCUUCUCAUUCGACGGCCCCGUGGGUCGAUCCCGAGCGGCGGUUGUGGGUGAGGACUGUGAGAUGGGCGCAGUGCAGCGGGGAGCAAGCAGAGCGGUGGCGGCGGCGAUAGGACGGCAAUUCCCAGAUGGUCCCGCGUCACAACCGGUCGGCGGCCGCUGGGGUCGAAGCGCUGCGGUUGGCGGGUUGCGAGGCCAUCGUGAGGUCUGGAUCGUGGGGCCCGCAGGGAGUUGCAGACUUACUGAAGAUGGAGAUUGGAAUAACUGGUCCCAGGGUGGACCUUAUAUCGGAUGGACCCCACUGAGGAGGGAGUUGGGACAAUUGGUCCCAGCAACCGCUACAUUGGUGACCCCGACGGUCCAAACGGCUUUUGGACCUGCGAAAUGGACGACAGCGCAGCAGCCAACGCAGUGGCCCUCAAGCUGCCCACCUUUUGGACACUUCGGCCCAGCGUCUGGUUUGACCAGGCCGAAGCGCAAUUCCACCUUCGGCAGAUCACCUCCGACUCCACGAAGUACUACCAUGUGGUUAGCUCUCUGGACCAGGAGACAGCCGCCCAGGUUGGAGACUUCAUCCAGUCGCCUCCGGAGGAAGAUAAGUACCCGGCUUUCAAAGAUCUUUUGAUCCGGACCUUCGGCCUCUCCCGUUGUGAGCGCGCCACCCGCCUGCUUCAUCUGGAUGGCCUGGGGGACAGAUCCCCAUCCGCCCUAAUGAAUGAGAUGCUGGCAUUGGCCGAGGGACACAAGCCAUGCCUGAUGUUCGAACAGGCCUUCCUCGAACAGCUCCCCGAUGACAUCCACUUGUUGUUAGCUGAUGCCGACUUCAGCAACCCCCGUGAGGUGGCCGCCCGGGCAGAUGUCCUGUGGAGGGCCAAGCGCGAGAGCGGUUCGUCCGUCAGUCAAAUCACCAGGCCGCGAGCCCAACGCCUGCCUUGCCCGGCCCCAGCAACCAAGCAGCCACGCCCCAGGCACUGCCAGACGUCAAAAAUCCAGCGACACACCAAGGUCCCACCACAGCAGUUCGAGCCUACCCGUAGGAGGUUCGACCACAUACACGUCGACCUCGUGGGCCCUCUGCCGGUUUCAAGAGGAGCGCGGUACCUCCUUACCAUCGUGGACCGGUUCACGAGGUGGCCUGAGGCAACCCCCCUGACUGACAUCACAACUGAUUCCUGCGCCCGAGCGCUGCUCACAACUUGGGUCUCACGUUUUGGCGUUCCGGCCCACAUCACUUCAGACAGAGGCACCCAAUUCACUUACAGUCUCUGGGCUGCAUUAGCGAACCUGCUAGGGACGCAGCUGCACACCACCACGGCCUACCAUCCUCAAUCAAACGGGUUGGUGGAACGUUUUCACCGCCAUCUAAAAUCGGCCUUGAUGGCCCGCCUGAAGGGUCCUAACUGGGUUGACGAGCUGCCUUGGGUCCUGCUCGGCAUACGCACUGCCCCCAAAGAAGACCUCCGCACUUCGUCAGCUGAGCUUGUGUACGGGGCGCCACUAGUUGUCCCCAGGGAUUUCAUACCUGCCCUUCAGGACCAAGGGGAACAACCCCCAGCAGUUCUACAAAGACUGCGCGAGAAGCUCGGCGCCUUGGCCCCGAUUCCCACCUCAUGGCACGGUCAAGCCCCAUCCUGCCAGCCCAAGGAACUACGGGACUGUAAGUUUGUUUUCGUUCGCAGGGGCACACCUCGGGCGCCAUUGCAACGACCAUAUGAGGGACCGUUCCGAGUCAUACGGAAUAACGGAUCCACUUUUAUUUUGGACAUUGGAGGCAGGGAACAGGUUUUCACGGCGGACCGCCUCAAACCGGCCCAUUUGGAUCUGCAACAGCCUGUCGAGGUUGCCACGCCACGACGCAGAGGCCGCCCCCCUAAGCGGCAGCUGGCACAGCCCACGGACCUUGGGGACUGUCUCGCCGGUUCUGGGGGGGGGUUGUGUGGCGACUCACCGUCUAGUCGGGCAAACCGGCUCGGCAGUCGGGUCGCGCGGCAUCGGAGCGACGAGGCCCAAGAUGGCGGCGGGCCUCGUCUUUUCGAGCGACGGGGAGAACCCGCGUGCGGCAAAGUCCUGAUGACGUAGGACUUACGUCAUUGCCGGUUUUUUUGGGCGGGAGUUUUUCUCCCUUAAAGGGCCCGCACAAGGCAGGAAAAUAAACCAGUUCU